AUCAUUGAGUAUCUAUCUCCAACCCUACCAAACAUACCCCAAAUCCUGGGACCUACCCCAACACGACUCCAACAUGCCAACCUCACCCCAUGAUAUUCAGCCCUUGUCGUUUCGUGGGGAAUGUGGACCAGCUCUAUCCCGUCUUAUCGCUCUUUAGUGUGAAAUAGCUGUGACAAAGUACUGUGAACCCCAGAGAACGUCCACUGUGCCAAGCAUACAUAUGCGUGAAGAAGAACACGGGAGAUAAGUGCCGUGCUCAGCGCUUGUCUAUAUAUACCUACCGUGGUAUCUCCAAUUCAGAGCCCCAUGUUCGCUGCCUAUACUUGCAAUUGAUUAAAGCUAGCCAGAGCUUAUCAUCCUCGUUCAUCAUGGCACUUCAUGCAGAUGAGAUCAAGGAAGUCCCUCCCUACACAGACCACCCCAACGUCACCGACACACAAGAAGCCGAAGUUGAAGACAAAUUCGAGGUCUUCAAACGAGGUGAUGGCCAAGUCGAUUUCCGGACUGUCAGUUGGAUCCGGGCUUCAGUUAUCUUCCUAAAAAUCAUCUUCGCAACCGGCGUCCUCUCCAUCCCAUCACUGAUGUACCAGCUAGGCGCAUUCCCUGGCGCCAUCACUGUAAUAGGCUGGAGUCUACUCAAUACUUACUGCGCUAUUGUGCAGGGCAACUUCCGCAAUGCCUAUCCGGGCUGCCACUCCAUCGCCGAUAUGGCCCAGGUGGUUGGCGGACCGGUCGUGAAGGAGCUUGUUGGCUUCUUGUUCACGGUUAGUUAUGUGAUUGUCGCGGCAUCGGGUAUCAUUGGCGUGUCGACGGCACUCAAUGCCCUAUCCCAGCAUUCAAUUUGUACCGUCUGGUUCUCAUUCAUCGGGACGAUUAUCAUUGCCAUGUGUGCUAGUGUGCGCAAGUUCUCGCAUAUCGGCUGGCUCACAUGGCUUGGAUUUGGCAGUGUCUAUAUUGCUGUCUUUAUCAUUGUUAUCGGCGUAACAACACGAGACCGGCCGGCAGCAGCUCCCCAAACAGGCGAUUUCGACUUCGGCUACCGAGUCAUCGGUGAUCCCGACUUCACAACCGGAAUUACAGCCUCAGCAACAAUCUUCGUCUCCAGCGCAGCAACAUCUGCCUUCCUCCCGGUCAUCUCAGAGAUGCGCAAGCCAAAAGACUACCCUAAAGCGGUCUACCUGAGCAUGAGCCUGGUAACAGCCUCCUACCUAACCUUCAGCCUAGUAAUCUACGCCUGGUGCGGCAAGUGGAUCGCCUCCCCAUCCCUCGGCAGCGCCGGCGAAACCGUCAAGCGGGUCGCCUACGGGAUCGCCCUCCCGGGCCUGAUUAUCAGCGGCUGUCUCUACGUACACGUCGCAGCCAAAUACCUCUUCGUGCGAAUUCUGCGCGACUCGCGCCAUUUGCAGGCGAACACAGCUGUACAUUGGGGGACUUGGUUGGCGUGUACGGUGGGUAUGGCCGCCAUUUCGUUUGUCUUGGCAUGCGCCAUCCCUAUCUUCAACUAUGUCUUGGCAUUGGUGGGGAGUUUGUGUUUUGCGCCUUUGGCGAUUACUCUGCCGGGGUGGUUGUGGCUGUAUAGCCAUCGCGAUUAUUGGAGGGGGAAUGUGCUGAGGGUUAUGUUGUAUGCUUUCCAUGUCUUCCUUGUUCUGUUAGGUCUGUUUAUGGCGGUUGGUGGCACUUAUGGGGUUGUUGUGCAGAUUAAACAGGCCUAUGCGGAUGGUGCCAUCUCAUCUGCCUUUUCCUGCGCGGAUAAUAGUUGAGGAGGGUUGAGGUUUGAGGAGUAACUUAUAUCUUGGCUAGUCAAGCCGGGUGGGUGGCCGUGCCCUAAGUGGGCUAAGGUCGUCAGCAUGAUUCCUCACCUUCACCUAUUGUGAUCUAGACUGUUUUCUAUAACUUUAUAAUCAAUUACCAUCGAGA